GCCAAAUCCAAAAUGGCGGCUUCCAGUGAUUUUGAAAAAAGAGACAAAGUUUAUCGUGUUCUGGAGUUUUACAGCGGUAUAGGAGGCAUGCACUAUGCAGCUAAAGCCUGUGGUUUAAAAACAAACGUAGUCGCUGCUUUUGAAAUCAAUACUACGGCAAAUUCUGUCUACAAACAUAACUUUCCUGAAACCUCUUUGUGCCAACGGAACAUCGAGGGCCUUUCUACAAGUGACCUUGAUAAAAUGAAUGCUGAUGUAAUAUUGAUGUCUCCUCCUUGUCAACCAUUUACCAGGGUUGGUCUCAAAGGUGCUUCAAGUGAUCCUAGAUGUAAGAGUUUUCUACACAUUUUGGAUUUAAUCUCAAAAUUAUCACACCCACCUGAUUAUAUUCUGAUGGAAAAUGUAAAAGGAUUUGAGGAAUCUGACACCAGGGAACAGUUCAUUAACACAUUGAAAGAAAAAGAUUAUACAUAUCAGGAAUUCUUGUUAUCACCAAAUCAGUUUGGCAUUCCCAACUCAAGGCUUCGAUAUUACAUGCUGGCAAAACGAAAGCCACAUCAGUUUUAUUUCAGUACUCAGCCAGAGCAGGUUAUAAAUCAAAUUCCACCUGUAAAGAAUAUAAAGUUGAGUAAUGGUAAUCACCAAUCUGCUUGCUCAAGCUGCAAUAACACAACAGAUGUAAAACAUAGCAAUCUGUGCAAAGAUAACAGCGAUUCUCUCUCUACAAGUGACAAUAAUCAUGUACCUCAGUCUUUAGAAAAUAAACAGGCUUGUACUUGUCCUUCGUCAACAGUAUGCAAGCCUGAUCAAUCUGAGUCGACAGUAUUGAAUCAACUUGGAGUGAAUAACAGAACUGAAGAUAACAGUCGUAAUGAAUGGACUUCAUCUCAAAAUGUUGAUAGGAAAAAACUGACUCUUUUAGAAUAUUUGGAAAAAGGGGAAAGCGAGGAAUGUUUUAGCCAAUUUCUCUUGCCUGAAAAAGUGCUGAGUCGAUUUGCACUUGUGCUUGAUAUCGUCACUCCCGCAUCCACUCACUCCUGUUGUUUCACCAAAGCAUAUGGCCAUUAUGCAGAAGGCACAGGAUCUGUUCUCAGAACUGCUGAUAUAGAUGACACAGCGAUAUUCAAUGAAUACAGAGCACUUGGGACAGAAGCCAGUGAUUCACAGAGAGCUGCAGUUUUAUCUGAUCUAAGAUUAAGAUAUUUUACCCCAAGAGAAGUGGCAAAUAUCAUGAAAUUUCCAAAAUCAUUUGGUUUUCCACAAGACAUUUCUGUGAAGCAGCGAUAUCGCCUCCUUGGUAACAGCCUUAAUGUGCAUGUUGUGACUGAACUAUUGAAGUGCUUGUUCCGUUGAGGAGCCCGAGAUUUUAGAGGGCUAGCGGUUUAAAACCUCCAAUAGACCCUCACCCCAAUGACGUUUCAUACCUAAACUACCACAGUCCUUUUUAAAACAUAUUUUCAUAUUUUAUUGUUACAAUUCUUUUGAGAAUACGAAUAAGGUGUUUGUUUCUUGAAAUUUUUAAUAUAAAAUCGAAGACUGGUAUACUCAAGAGUCACAUUUUCGAGAAUGAAAGUAAAGCAAACUGGGAGUCCUCGUACAUGUUCAACUAAUUGAAUACCUCCGCUYUAAGUGAGUCUGGUUGGACAUUUAAUUGACACAUUGGGAAAUGGGAAAACAUUACGCGUGAGCUAAGGAGGUCUAUUAAGCAGGUUUGUCCUAAGGAAAAAAUAUUUGAUGGCUCAGACUUUAAACCACUGAAUACUCAGCUCAGGACUUCUGGGUUAUUAGUAGACUGCGAGCUCUAUUUUCAUUUCGUCCUUCCCUCCCCAGCCCCCUCCCCCAGGGACUUUGACUCGUAACCAAUCUUCCUUGGACAGACGGACAGUGACCAAGGUAAAUAGAGGGACUGCUCACAGUCUAGGGUUAUUAGUUGCUUAAUAUACGUACUACAAAAUUAAUAUACGUACUACAAAACAAUAUUUCACCAUCUCCUAAUAUCAAAGCAUCCUUUAUUACCGGUAGUAGUUAUCACAAAAAUAUAAAAUAAAUAAAAUUUCUACUGUAAGUAA